AUGUUGAGAGUACUUACGGAGCAAGACGACUUCGAGCAUAAAACUCUGAUAAACCACGGGCAAUCGGCGGAGACCGGGACAGAUCCGUUGAAGUCUCCAGUGUCGAGUGCCUCGACGUCGAUCAACAACGAGUUCUUGACUCUAUCAAGCAAUACAAGUGAAACAUCGGUCACUGUUGAAAACAGUGCAACACCGGGAAGUGGCACUGCACCACCGCUUGCUGUCAAGCGGAUUAUAUCGCCUAACUACGCAAACUUUAAUACUGCUGGGCCCGCUCAACUAUCAACGUCGAAAUACACUUUUAACAACGAUUUCUUACUCUACAUUGACAGGGCCCCAAGCAGAGUCCCAGGUUACAAAACAUCGAACCCAAAUAGAACAGUGCGAUUCCCCAUCUAUGAAAAUAUAACGACUUGUUCGAGGGACGACCAGCCGCCGGCAUACACACCUGCGGUAAACAAGUACGCCAUCGUAUCGUUGAAGUUUGAAAGAGUAUCGCCUUAUGAACCAUCGACGUCGAGGUCUUGGAGGGACUGUGUAAUGGAGAUCAACUCGACGCAGUUGAAUUUUUACGCCCUGGAUGACACCAUUACAAACAAAAUCAAAGAACUGUCAAGCUCCAUCUCAACGGUGACUGGGGAAUACAAAACCUCGAGCAUUCUGUCCCUGUCAUCGAAGCGCGUGAAAGGCGUGAAGGAACUCACACCAGAAAGUGAACGAAUUGUGCGCCAAAUGGUGGAAAAGAAUAAACAACACUAUUUGUCGGAUUCAAACAUGUUCAAAUCAUUCACUUUGCAAUUUGCCUCGUACGGGAUACCAAUAGACUACGACAAGAAAGCGUUCGUGCUGAGACUACGUUGCGAAACAGAACAGUUUUUAAUCAGUUUCAACAACGUCGACGACCUCAUCAUGUGGUCCAUGUACCUAUCCGUUGGUAUUUCUGUAUCAUUAGACCUCGAUUUUAGAGAUCUGCCGGACUACAGAGUCGUCCCCAGAAGACGUAUGAGGAGACGCAGGAGAAGCCAAAGAAGGAAACAUUCCAGAGUGAGAAGCAGAACCCAGAGUAUAACCUCAUCGUUAACCACCAUGGCAAAGGGAUCCAAAUCUUUCCAAAAUUCAUCAAGCGGGAGCCACCUCUAUUUAGCCGAGUUCAACAGAAUUUUGUCCUCGUCAUCUACCUCCAGUGGUAAAUUCAGUACCACCACUAGUAGAAGGGGUAGCAGCGCCAGUUUGAGCGCACACCAAAGCGCAGCAAAUAGUUCUGAUAGCGUACAGACAUUGAAUUCUUCGUUUAAAUGGAAAUUAAGAAACAUAUUUAAGAGCCAGUCAAACAAAUCUUUUCCUGAUACACCACCAAAUAGUGGUAUAAGUUCUCCAGAACCAAUAAGAAGAACAUCACUUUUAUUGCCAUUGACCCAGGUGUCGGGUGCCGAGACGGGUAGUAGCGGUAGAACGAGGUCUACCUCUUCACCAACGGUUCCUUUCAGUUUAAAUAGCCAGUGCAUGUCAACUCCCAAAAAUACAAGAAAGAUGUCCAUCUCGACAAUGACGAAUGUGAGCCCCACAGCCCAGAAUAUGCAGCCUUCAGUUGCGCCAAAUUAUAGAGAUAGAGCCAACAAUGUGUUGCAUAUGCCAGUUGCGGGUCGCAGUCAUGCUGUAGGAAUGCAAAGUGAAACCAUCGACGAAGGUAUAUCGGAGCACCGCACAGACUAUGCUAAUAUAUCUACCUAUAUUGCAGAGGAGAGUGCAGAUGUUGCUUGUGAUGAUGAUGAAGAAAUUGAAGAUCCAUCGGAUAUUUAUAGAGAGGAGGGUUUAUUCUACGAUUCAUACGAUGAUGAAGAGGAAGAUUUGGAGGGUGCUGAUGAUGACGACGAUGAUGAUGAUGAAUAUGACUACCACGAUGCAUAUAGAUCAGGCAAUUUUUCUGGAAACAGUGAUCUGAGAUGGCUCACAUCCUCCGGAAAUGACGAUGUUAAGUGGAAUCCAAUUCCUUUCAACACAACUCGGAAAAAGUAUGUCCGUGAUUCCCUGAGAUGCAUUAGGCCGUUGAUCGAGGAUCAGGAAUGGAUUGGGGCUGUUAUUUUCAGACCUACUAAGGAGCCAUCCUACAAAACUAAUAAUGUACCUAUGUGGUUGGGUGAUUCUGAUAACGGCGCGCACAAGAAAAGGCUCAAUUAUUUGAGCGGGACCGAUUACUCCAAAGUUAAGAACCAUUACUUGAAGGCAUACAUUGUGGGACCAGUGGGAUAUUUAAAAGCAGAAUCAAAGGUAUUUACGAAAAGCUCGCGGAAGAAGUGA